AUGGCAAAAGUGUACACACAGGAAGAUUUUGAUGAGCUUAUGGGGAAAGUUGAGAAGGCAGAUUUUCGGGUGGCAGAGUAUUUGGAAUUGGAUGGAAGAGAGAAGUGGGCUAGAGUGUAUGCAACUGCUAACCGAGGGUGGACAACGACUUCAAACAUAGAAGAGUGUAUUAAUAGUCACCUUGUAGCAGCAGGAGAGCUUCCUAUAUUUGAUUUUCUAGAAGAAGUCGAACCAUCAACCGAAUACUUGUACACAGUAUAUGAUGCAGGAAGACGUUUCAUCGUUAACUUGGACAACAAAACUUCCAGUUGUCGGAUAUUUCAAAUAGACAAAAUUCCAUGCCCACAUGCAUGGGCUGUCAUUAAGAAGAAAAAUCUAAUGGCUGAUGAUUACUGUUCCGAAUUGUUCAAACCGCACACCGUGGUGAAGACGUAUGAUGCCGCCGUGGAUCCUCUCCCUGACGAGCGGGAAUGGAAGAUUCCAACAUACAUAUCAAAGGAUGUGGUUUUUCCACCAAGAUACAAGAGACCUCCUGGUAGGCCGAAGAAAAAGCGUGAUAAGCCGUUAUUUGAAUUGCUUCUUGAAAAAAAAAGACAUGCUUGCAGUACUUGUGGACAGACUAGACACAAUAGACGAUCUUGUAGUAAUGCUCCAAGAAGGAAGUAG